GCUUGGCGCCCCGCGGGAGGCGCAGCUCGGUGAGGGCUGGGACCGGCCGCAGUGCCGGCCCGGGGCUCCUGGCUCCCCGCGGGCGCACCGGAGACAGAGCCCUUUACCAUGAACCAGCCAGCCCCGGGGGUUCCCCCACCACCCCGACGCGUGAGGCUGAAGCCCUGGUUGGUGGCCCAAGUGAACAGUUGCCAGUACCCAGGGCUUCAGUGGGUCAACGGGGAAAGGAAGCUCUUCUACAUCCCCUGGCGACAUGCCACACGGCAUGGUCCCAGCCAGGAUGGAGACAACACCAUCUUCAAGGCCUGGGCUAAAGAGACAGGGAAGUACACUGAGGGGGUGGACGAGGCUGACCCAGCCAAGUGGAAGGCCAACCUGCGCUGCGCCCUUAACAAAAGCCGUGACUUCCGUCUGAUCUAUGACGGCCCUCGAGACAUGCCACCCCAGCCCUACAAGAUCUACGAGGUCUGCUCCAAUGGCCCUGCCCCCACAGAAUCCCAGCCCAUUGAUGAUUACGCUCCUGGAGAAGAGGAGGAGGAGGAAGAGGAGGAGCUCCAGAGAAUGCUGCCAGGCCUGAGCAUCACAGAACCUGUUCUACCCGGGCCCCCCAUAGCACCCUACUCCUUACCCAAAGAAGGCGUCAAAUGGCCACCUGCUCUCCAGCCAUCUGCAGGGCUGGGUCCCCCUGCCCCAGAUCCAAAUCUCCUGGCCCAUCCCUCUGGAAAUCAUGCUGGCUUCGGGCAGCUUCUCCCUGAGGACCUGGAGCCUGGGCCGCUGGCUUCCAGCCAGCCCCCUACAGAACAACUCUUGCCUGACCUGCUGAUCAGCCCCCACAUGCUGCCUUUGACUGACCUGGAGAUCAAGUUCCAGUAUCGCGGUCGUCCACCCUGUGCCCUUACCAUCAGCAACCCACAAGGCUGUAGGCUCUUCUAUAGCCAGCUAGAAGCUACCCAGGAGCAAGUGGAACUCUUCGGCCCUGUGAGCCUGGAGCAAGUGCGCUUCCCUAGCCCAGAGGACAUCCCCAGCGCGAAGCAGCGUUUCUAUACAAACCAGCUGCUGGAUGUCCUGGACCGUGGGCUCAUCCUCCAGCUGCAGGGCCAGGACCUGUAUGCCAUCCGUCUGUGCCAGUGUAAGGUGUUCUGGAGUGGGCCCUGUGCCUUAGCCCAUGGCUCACACCCCAACCCCAUCCAGCGGGAAGUCAAGACAAAACUCUUCAGCCUAGAGCAGUUUCUCAACGAACUCAUCCUGUUCCAGAAGGGUCAGACCAACAUUCCACCACCUUUUGAGAUCUUCUUCUGCUUUGGAGAAGAAUGGCCGGACCUCAAACCCCGAGAGAAGAAGCUCAUUACUGUACAGGUGGUACCGGUUGCAGCCCGGUUGCUAUUGGAGAUGUUCUCGGGGGAGCUUUCCUGGUCAGCAGACAGCAUCCGUCUGCAGAUCUCCAACCCGGACCUCAAAGACCACAUGGUGGAGCAGUUCAAGGAGCUGCACCACAUCUGGCAGUCCCAGCAACGCUUGCAGCCCAUGGUCCAGGCCCCUCCUAUGGCAGGCCUUGGUGCUGGGCAAGGGCCCUGGCCCAUGCACCCAGUUGGCAUGCAAUAACAAGGCUACAGGUAACGGCUGGCCUGGGCUUCCUGGGGCAGCUGUGGAGAUUGACAUGGCAAUGUAGUGGCCCCAGCAGGCCUGGCUUGGCUGCAGGGUUCUACCUCUGAGUCGGCCCAAAAAGGACAUAGAAGAGAGGCCGCAGGUCACAUUCUCCCUAAAAUUCCAUUUGAGCAUGGUCUUGCAGUGAUUUAUCUAAUGUUUGGCUCUGAAGAAAUGUAGCCAACAGCCCUAGUUGGAGGGAGGGAACAUCGCUAGCCUGGGGUCUAGAUACACAGGUCCAAUUACCCCAGGGUAGCCAACUUUUAUAUUUUCCCCAAUUCCUCUAGCAAAAAGCGCCAAGGAGUGUUGGUGGGGCUCCCGUAGAGAAUGGGACGGAUGGCGUUCCCUAGGUUGAGCCUUUCUCAUCCUCCUUCUGACGAGGAUGUCACUAGAUACUUGGGGCUGGCAGCUGCCCUCCUUCAGGGUUUAAGAAGCUGGGGUAGAAAGUAGAAUUUAAUAUAUUUUUGGAUUAAUAAAUGUUAAAA